AUGUUCCACUUGGCGUCAUCUUUAUAUACACAAUACUCGAAACGAGAGCAAUACAAUAUUCUAAUCUUAGGGCUAGAUAACGCGGGCAAAACAACAUUCCUCGAACACAUCAAGCUACUAUACCCUUCGUCAACAGCAGCAACGGGGUCAGCGCCGGAACCCUUGAAAAAGUCAUCCACUAGUAACAACAAUGGACCUGCUUUAACCUCAAACUCGACGACUACAGCCAAUGGAGAAUCGGAGGAGCUCCGGUCAACAACGCUGAUUCUUAAAUCAAAACGAAUACUACCUACUGUAGGCCAAAACACCACAACCGUAAAGUUCGAAGCUUCGGAUAAGCACAACCCGCUAGCGACGCAAUUCAGAAAUAUCAACUUGAAAUUCUGGGAUCUCGGGGGCCAGAAAUCGUUGCGAAACAUGUGGCUGAGGUACUUUACGCAGUGUCACGGGAUAAUAUUCGUUAUAGACUCAACUGACGCGGCACGCUUCCAAGAAUGUUACGAGACGUUGAUUGAAAUUGCCCACGACGAUAGCUGGGUUAUUGGCGGCGACGAUGAGGAGUCCAAGAUCUCGAGCAAUGGCACUGUGAAUGUGCCGGUCUUGAUGCUUGCUAACAAACAGGACUUGCCCCAGGCUGUUGAUUUGGUAAGUUUGAAAACGGGCGUGUUCAUCAAGUUGGUGAGCGAGUUGGAGGCGACUGACUCGAAGCUUAUCCCAGUUAGUGUCUUGGAGAAUCAAGGGUUGAAGGAGAGUUUGGAGUGGCUUGUUGCGAGGUUGAUUUACAACAAGGGCAACAAGCGGCCCGAAUAUAAGUAG